AUGCCUCUGGUCGAUUUCAUUGCAACCUUCUAUAAAAAGAACAACAUCCUUUACGAUACCUUUGUAGGUGCAUGGCUUGAGCUCAAGGAAUGCAAAAACAUAGAGAGAAACCUUGCACGUCUUCUCAAAUGCCUCAGACAUGAACAGACGAGCCAGGCAAGCUACAGAUGUCUUGAAUAUUUUGUGGAAAAUGAAAUGGCCGAUUUCAUAUACAGAUUGAGAGACAUCGAAGAAAACCAGGCUGCCAUGGAUUUUCUUACUGACCUUAUUUCCAUUCUUCCUGCCAAAUAUUUCCCAAGAUUCAACAACUUCCUUGAUAUGGUGUUCGCAUCUGAACACACCGACGGUCUGGCACUGGCUCUAGCAUAUUCAGAAAGAACCAUUGUUCUUGGCUGCAGGAUAAGAACAUCUCUCGUAAACUACUCCUUGAGGUUCUUUUUUGAUCCAGGUCUACAUGGGGACUAUUCCAGAGCAUGCAUUGUAUAUCUCAUAUGCUCUAAAAGAGCUCUUGACCAUCUCAGGUCCAUGGAAUUCAUCCAAGCCGUCAUAAGAAGGACAAAUAGAAUAUACCUCGACUUGGAAAAAACCAUGCCACUUUAUCUGUCUCUUCUGAACUUCAUUUCAUAUUAUGCAAGAAAGGAAAUCGAUCUGUAUAAAGAAGAAAUUGACGCCGCUCUCGGUAGCCAAGAAGGAACUUUAGAUCCAAAGAAGAUAAGGACUCAUCCAACAACAAGUCCUCUACUCCCCCCAAGAAGCAACCAAUCCUCCGCAGAGCUAUGUUCUGCCCUUCAUCUCCUCGAGUUCCCCCACAUGCAUCCCGUCUCCAUAUACAUAGAAAUCCUGGAGAGUACUGGGUCGUCCAAUAUAAGGGCAUCGCUCAUCGAAUCUAUCCUAGCAGACAUAGAUUCUGUAGAUGACCCAGGGAAAUUCAUAAGAUUCUGUGCGGAGAACCACCCAGGUCUCUUGGCCCCUUAUCUCAUUAGAAACGGCGGAGAAGACUGGUCUCCCAUUGUUGUGCUCAGGAGAGUUAUGGAAAUGAAAAGAGAGAGGUCCUGCAUCACAAUCCCCUACGUAUGCCAUGUCAAUCGCCACAAAUCCUCCAUAAUCGAUUUCCUUGUUGAAAAAAACAUUUGCGACGACCUGGUGUUCUUGUUCAUCUGGGUUGUAUCUAAGGAAACAUUCCUUUCUCAUUUCGGAAGGAUCCAAGAGAUGUUCAAAGCCCACAAGACAUUCUGGGCCAAUCUAUGGAACCUGAUCCUCUCCCUCCCUGCCUAA